CGCUGGCUCGCUCGGCUCGCUCGAUCGAUCCAUCGCUAGCUCGCUCGCUCGGCUCAUCGUCAAAACAGAAACCAGGGCAUCUAGCAGAAGCCGUCGUCCGCUUGCGUUAAAACCUCCGCUAGAUGAGAACCGCGCCGCCUCUUGUCAAAACCUCCGCGUGAGGAUCCGUUCGUUGUCUACCACCGCACCCCUUGUGUGCCGCCGACGCUGCCACCGUUUUCCAACGCCGUAGCCUCGAUCAGGAGAAGACGUCCUUGUGCGAUCCUGAUCGUGGCACACGAGGACAACCGCCAUAAAAAUCUUCGACGAGCAUCCCAGCCGUAGCAGUCGUCAUGGGAGAAGGAGGCCAGGAGGAUAGCAGUCUGCAUUCCACGACAGGAGAAGCCUCCUCACAUAUCACAACUGCAAUGGCGGUAGGAAGCCAGGAGAAGGACAACGUUCUCGACUCGUCGCUUAUGGUGUCGUCUGUGCCUGUCCUAGCACACAACGGAAUGCAGCCAACGCAGAUUGCACAGAAUUACUCCGACAAUAACACCAGAGUUUGUUGCAUGAUACCUGAAGAAAUAGCAGAUGAAGCACAAGAUAAGAUGGCUGAUGAAGUUGUGCAACCUAUGAUCGUUCCUAAAGUUGGAAUGGCUUUCGAAUCACAGGAUAAAGCUUAUGAGAUGUACAACACCUAUGCUGGUAAGAUUGGGUUUAGUAUUAGAAAGAGCCAUACAAAGCGACGAGGUGAUGUGACUCUACGUCAAAAGUAUUUGGUUUGUAGUAACGAAGGUCAUCGAGAAACUGAGUCAUCAAGGCACACUACAAGGACGGAUUGCGAUGCUCGUGUUCAGUUUAGUGUCAGUAAAGAGGGGAUUUGGACGGUGCAAAAGGUUAUACUUGAUCACAACCAUUACCUUGCUAGUCCAAAUAAAAGGGACAAGCUGAGGUCCCAACGAAGUGUUCAAGAAGCGGACAGGAAGCUAAUUGGGCAGAUGAGGCAAUCCGGGAUGAAGCCAGCCCAGGUUUUUGAGUUUAUGAAGGAGUUUUAUGGAGGAGCCGACAAAGUGCCAUUCUCACGGAUGGAUUGCAACAAUGAGAUUGGCCGUGAGCGCAAGAAGUACUUAGAAUCCAAUGACGCAGAAACACUACUGGAAUACUUGAAGCGUAAGCAGAUAGAGGAUCCAACUUUUUUUUAUGCCAUGCAAAUAGACAAGAAAGAUGGUCGGAUAGCUAAUUUCUUUUGGGCAGAUGGCCAAUCUAUCAUGGAUUACGCAUGCUUUGGUGAUGCUGUGUCAUUUGACACAACGUUUCAGACCAAUAAGUUUGAAAUGCCUUUUGCUCCAUUCCUCGAACCAACCAUCACAAGCAGACUAUCAUUUUUGGGGCUGCAUUGUUGUUUGAUGAGACUAUACCAUCAUUUGUUUGGCUAUUUGAAACCUUUCUAACAGCAAUGUCAGGCAAACAUCUGAGCACAAUCUUCACUGAUCAAGACGCGGCCAUGGCAGGAGCAAUUGCUUAUGUAUUUCCAAACACAAGUCAUCGCCUUUGUUUGUGGCAUAUUUACCUUAAUUCUGCUAAACAUCUCGGCCAUGUAAUUCAAAAGCAUCCUGACAAGUUUCUACCUGAUUUUAAAAGAUGUGUCUAUGAAGACAGAUCGGAGUUUUACUUCAAAAAGAAGUGGGAUGAAUUGUUGUGUGACUAUAACCUUGAGGACAACAAAUG